CGGAGCGUGUAGCCGAGUGUGUAGCGCUCGCCUUGUCUGGAUGGCUUCCUCCCCCUCAGUGGGGCAAGGAGAUGGGGGUUUUCCUCACCCAUCCAUCCAUCCAUCCCCCCUCAUGUUGCCUGCUGCCAUUUUAAUCAGUCGAAAGCCAGCUGUUUCCCUCCUUUUUCCCGCGCGCAUGCGCGCCCGGGCUGUGACUCUCGCGAUGAUUGCUCCGUCAAUAAAUGGUCAAUGAAGCCGGAAGUCAGCGUCCUGGGGGGGCGUGGCCCGCGCCGGAAGUCCCGCCCUCCCCCGGAAGUGGUCGCCGGGAGCGUCAUGGCGGCGGCCUCGUGGCGCCGGGCGGUCGGGCCCGGGCGUCCGCGGUGGCUGCACGAGGCGGCGCCGGGCCGGGACGUCUUGCUGUUCGAGCACGAGCGGGGCCGCUUCUUCGGCUUCCUGGGCCUCUUCUGCGCCGCCCAGGGAGUGUUCUGGACGGCCAUGGCCGCCAACGCCCUGGCCGGGCCGCAGAGCCCCAGGCGGGCCCCGCCCGACGGACCGGGAGCGGAAGUGGCGCCCGCGCGGGACCCGCCCGGCGGACCGGAAGCGGAAGUGGGGCCCGCGCGGGGCUCCGCCUUGUGGCGCCGUGGGCUGGCCCUCGCCUGUGCCGCCAUUGGUUCCCUGGUGCUGACGGCGGGACUGCUGUUCUCCCACCGGUCCGUGCGUUCCGUGCUGCUGCGAGCCGGGGGGCAGCGGGUCACCGUCACCACCCACGCCCCCUUGGGCCUGGGAGCCCAGUUCACCGUGCCCCUGCGCCACGUGUCCUGCCUGGCCCACCGGGGCCAGGUGCCCGCCGUGCUGCCUCUCAAGGUUAAGGGCCGGCGCUUCUACUUCCUCCUGGACAAGGCCGGACGCUUCCCCAACCUGCCGCUCUUCGACGUCACCGUGGGAGCUUACCGGAAUCUGUGAGGGAGGAGUGGUGGCGAGGCGCCGAGCUGGGACUAGACGCCGGGAAGAAGAAAUAAAAACGAAGACCCCCCCGCUGUCGGUCCCUGUCCGUCUCUCACCCCGGCGGGGAAUCGUUCAGGAGCCACACGGGUGGGAGGGCGGAGGGGAGGACUUUUAUUCUAUCUGUCAAUCAAUCAAUUGUAUUUAUUGAGCGCU